CCAGGCCUUCCGGCGGCGGCCGGAAGCGGGGCGGCGCGAGGCGGCAGCAUGGCGGCGGAGUGGGAGCGCCAGCCGGCCGCCGCCGUCCUCACGCUGCUGCUGUCGCUCGGUGCCUCCGCCCUCGGGCUGCUGCGGGUAGCCCCCGCCGCCUCCCUGCGGCCCGCCGCCCUGAGUGCGGGGGAAGUUCACAGGUUGGUUACCUACAUCUUUGUCUACGAAGACCUGAUAUCCUUGACCUGCGGUGCCAUUAUCAUUUGGUAUUUUGCUGGCAGCUUUGAGAAGAACGUUGGCACUGCGAAGUACUGCUUUCUCACCAUCACGUUUGCCAUCCUCUCUGCCUUCCUGUACCUCUUGCUCAGGCCCGUUGUCUCAAGGGUGUCGGCAGUGGAAGAUGCCAAAGGAUUCAUGCCUGUAGCUUUUGCUACGCUGGGUGUCUCCACCACCCGCUCACAGAUGAAGAGUACUCUGUUUUUUGGUGUUAGAGUUCCAGUGGUGCUGGUGCCGUGGUUUAUGCUCUGCAUAGCAUGGGUUAUCCCCCACUCUUCUCUCUUGAGUAACCUGUGUGGGCUCCUAGUUGGGGAAGCCUAUGGUCUUGGCUACUGUUUCUGCUUGGAUUUUCCGGAGUCGGUGGGCUCUAAGCUGGACCGAGUGUUCCCUUUCAGUCUGCUAAAGAGGAUACCAGGGCUGAAAUAUAUCCCAGGGUCUUUAGCAGAGAGAAGAGCCUUCGAAAGCAGCAAGAUUAACACUGUGCCUGGCGCCUACCCCACCCAAAGCUACUACCGCGCUUCGCCUCCGGCUCUUCCUGCUUUCCAGAUGCAGCACCCCAGUGCUCAGAGCCAGGGGUUUCAACACAGCUGCGCUGCGGGAUGCGGCCAUGGUCUGGGACACGAGGGAUGUCAGCACAGCCAUGCUGCGGGACACAGCCUCCCUUCUUCCCCCUGCCAAGCCAGAGGUGCCUUCGGAGAGUGUUACGUGCAAGCCCACGCUGGAGCCUCGCCUGGACAGUGCUGCCAGCUGGGCAAGUUCUCUCCCCCGCAGCGCGUCUGCCCGACUGAUCCACAGACACCUGCAGACGUGGGCCCCCUGGCUGGGGUUCAGCAAGCAUCGGGGUAUCCAGCAGCCACAGUGGCUCCUGUUUCAGCUGAAUUUUCAAGAAUCCAGGUGUACUGAUCCUCCAGAAAGCAGCAGAACUCUCAUGCUGUGGCAGGACCAUUGGGUGAUGCUCAAGCAGCAGUGCAUUGCUGGUGUCUUCGCUGUCUCUGGGGUGACUAGCAGAAUGGGUUGUUAACUCCAGCGUGGGCCGUUUCCCUGCUCCCUGGCACAGGCUACUUUAAUUAUAUUUCCUUUUUUUUUUUUUUUUUAACUUUUUGAUAUUGCUGGGGGCAGGGGACUGAAUCACAUCUGUGCGCUUCACAUCCUUUUGGAGUCUUUUUUCGUUGCUGUAUUUAGCAGAUGCUUUUCCACACUACCCCUGGAGUUACGGUGCAUCAGCUCCCUGACUCAAGCUAGGAACCUAAUUGUCAAAACACUGGACUAAUCUGGGUUUUAAUUAAGCUGCAGCAAUAAGGACAUGUCCCAUCUACGCUGAGGCUCUUAGCCUCCUAUCGUGUUUAGAGGGGUGAUGUAGCUAGGACCCAAAAGAGGUUGAAAUCAUGGAAGCCUUAGUUUAUAACUUAAUAUUUGAGUGGAAAAGGACAGCUGUCUGUUCUAUUACUGACUUCUCCACUAAGAGUGCGCCUUGAUGUGGACUUGUUAAACCAGGGCUGGGGCAAGCGGACAGAAUACAGAACACCCUUUUCUGCCCCCCAAAACACAGCUCUAAAAUGCUGAAGGUCCUUCUUAGCUGUAGUCUGUGCGUGCAGCAACACGUUGCCUUCAUUUUCCGAUAGCGCUGCACGCGCUCAGCCUGUGUUGCCAGCACUUGUCGAUAAGGCAGCCUCAAAUGCACGCAAAGGAGUGGAAGACUCUUCAAUAAGGGAUUUUGGCCAUUUGUGGAGCAAAUGUAUAUAAAUCCAAGGAGCUGGGAGGGACCAUAAUGGUGGGUUGGAAGAAUUAACUGGAAUGUAGCAAUUGCAUUGGGGGUGUUCACACUGCUCAGCUUUAGAUGUCUCACCCACCGAUAUUAGCACAAUCUCUCUCUGUUUUCUUCAGAGCUGGUGGAAAGGUGUGUGGGAGAGGGGCAUUUUCAGCAAGGGCUUUGGAGCAGGAUGCAGUGUUUGGUGCCUGUGGCAGUAACGAAGGAGUUUGGUUGAGUUGGAGGGACUCAAGCUUUAUUUCCAGCUGUGUAGCUGCUUUAGUGUUCCAUGCCCAGGAGGAAUCUGCUGUCUCUGUGUCUGUAAAUCAGCCAGGAUCUCAACUAUUGCCCUUGAUUCUUUGCUUAGAGUUUUGUUGUGCUCCAAAAAAAAAAAAAAAAAAAAAAAAAAAAAAGUGCUACAGGAAGCACGAAGUGCCAUCACUGCUCUUGGAAGUGUUCUUGCAGUGCCUAGCGUGUCCCCCAGAAACCGUGAUGGCCUCGGGGCCCUUCCAUGCUAUCAGCGAGCCGGGGUCAUAGGUAGCACUGGCAGCCGCGUGCUCCAAGGCAUGUACGUGCCCCUCUUUUUUCCCCUCUUCAGUGUCUGAAGAAGCCCCGUGUUGCUGUACAGCCGCUUUCUUCUCCAGCAGCCCUUCUGGGAUGAUGGCCACAGUUAGGUGUGGCCUCGCAGGGGCUUGCUUUGGGGGAUUGCCGAAGCCAAUGCUGAGGACGUAGACCUCAGAUGCACAUUAGUAAGAAGCUCUGCUCGCAAAGGUGGGCACCCCUGGGCAGGGGCUUUCUGCAGGAGGAUGCAGCAAUUUGGGAACCAGCCUGGAGCUGGUGGCCGGCUCUGUCUCAUCCCUGGUCGUUUCACUCCUCCAUGGGAUCACAAAUGGACUUGACUUCAUGGUUCUGUUUUUCCUCCUGACAGCAAUUCCAUUGUUACAUGUUUCGUGGGGAGCAAUAAUGGGAUAAGGUGCUUGUUUGGAACUUGAAAAGCAUGCUUUUAAUACCAGGAAAGAAAUGCUAGAGAUAACAUUGAAAUGUGAAUACUCCACUCUCGUUAGUGCCUUGAUUUUCGUCCUUGUGAGAUCCUCGCCUGUAAACCUAGGAAUUUUAUAACUAUUUUUUCCAGAAAUGUGCAGCAGGGUGAUGAGGACUGGUAGCAAUCGCAGAUGUCGUAUAUCUUCAAAUUGUAAGCUUGAAAUACAAUCUGAAAGACAAACUACUACGUCUCCAGCUUUGCUUUCAAGUGGGGAGCUGGAGCGUGCCCCUCCAGGCGCUGGCGACUGCCGGGCAGGCUGCGGGUGUCUGAUGGGUGCUCGCUGCCUGUCUGCCUGGUGACAAAGGACGCGCACCGGGGAUGAGCAGUACUGCACGUUGGAAAACGCUCUUGGGGCUGGAAACCGGUUAUUUCUCCUUUCCAAUUCUUAUCAGUUGAUCUGGUAAGAGAUUCACUCUCCCUGCAGAGCUGUCAAAGGAGUGGCGUGUUUCCAGUGAGUAGUUUCACGACUUUAC